CCAGGUACUUGAUGGAUUAUGAUGAUUUUGCUGGAUGAUUUGUUUUGCUGCUGAAGGUUAUUGCUGUUGUUUUACUAGUCUGCGAGAGCAUGGAUAUCCGCGUCGAUGUCUCCCAGCUGCAGAAACUGGAGAACUGCACCAUCAUUGAGGGCAACCUGCAGAUCCUCCUGAUGUUCACCAGCAGCAGUGAGGACUUCCACCCCUUCAGUUUCCCCCGCCUGGUCAUGAUCACAGAGUUCUUGCUGCUCUUCCGGGUAUACGGGCUGGAGAGCUUGCGUGACCUCUUCCCCAACUUGUCGGUCAUCCGUGGGACCAGCCUCUUCUUCAACUACGCCUUGGUCAUCUUUGAAAUGCCACAUCUGCGUGACAUCGGCCUGCACAGCUUGACCAACAUCCUGAAUGGCUCUGUGCGCAUCGAACGCAACCAGGAGCUUUGCCACAUCUCUACCAUUGACUGGGGGCUGCUGCAGCCCCCCCACUCCUUGGAGCAAAACAUCAUUUUGCACAAUAAGCCUGUGGAGGAGUGUGCCGACGUCUGCCCGGGCAUUCUGGAUGUGGAGGAACCCUGCGUCCAGACCCAGACCACCCUCAAGGGGCAGAUGGAAUAUCGCUGCUGGACUUCCAGCAACUGCCAGAAAGUCUGCCCGUGCAAAGUGGGGGGUGCAGCCUGCACCAGCUCUGCCGAGUGCUGCCACAAGGAGUGCCUGGGGAGCUGCAGCCGUCCUGGGGACAGCCAUGCCUGCACUGCCUGCCGCCACUUCUACUUCAAUGGGCACUGCCUGAGCUCCUGCCCAGACCUGACCUACGAGUACGAAGGGUGGCGCUGCAUGACUGCUGAGCACUGCGCCAGCCUGCGCAAGGUGUCGGAGAAUCCCCGUGACUCCUCUAAGUUUGUCAUCCAUCACAAGCAGUGCCUCUCUGAGUGCCCCUCGGGGUACAAGAGGAAUGAGAGCAGUAUCAUCUGCCACAAGUGUGAGGGCCUGUGUCCAAAGGAAUGCAAAGUGGGUACCAAGACCAUUGACUCCACGAGGGCAGCCAAGGACCUGGCUGGCUGCACCCUCAUUGAGGGCAACCUGAUUGUCAACAUCCGCCGGGGAGAUAACCUGGCCUCCGCCCUGCAGGGGAGCCUGGGCCUGAUUGAGACCAUCACAGGCUUCCUGAAGAUCAAGCACUCCUUUGCCCUCAUCUCUUUGUCCUUCUUCAAGAACCUCAAGCUUAUCCGGGGGGACUCCAUGGUGGAUGGGAAUUACACUCUCUAUGUGCUGGAUAACCAGAAUCUCCAGCAGCUCUGGGACUGGAGCCACCACACACUCUCCAUCCCCGUCGGUAAGAUGUACUUUGCCUUCAACCCCAGGCUCUGCCUCUCGGAGAUUUAUCGCAUGGAGGAGAUCACAGGAACGAAGGGGAGGCAGAACAAAGCGGAGAUCAAUCCCCGGACCAAUGGAGACAGAGCCUCCUGCAAGACCCAAACCCUGCGGUUUGUGUCCAACACCACUGAAUCAGAUCGGAUCCUCCUCAAGUGGGAGCGCUACCAGCCACCAGAGUAUCGUGAUCUCCUCAGCUUCAUCAUAUACUACAAGGAAUCGCCCUUCCAGAAUGUGACAGAGUACGUUGGGCAGGACGCCUGUGGGGCCAACAGCUGGAAUGUGGUGGACGUGGAGCUCCCCCUGAACAACGAGCAGGACCCAGGGGUGAUGCUCCAGAACCUGAAGCCCUGGACCCAGUAUGCCAUCUUUGUGCGGGCCAUCACCCUCACCACUGCCGAGGAGCGGCGCAACUACGGGGCUCAGAGCGAGGUGGCUUACAUCCGCACCACGCCUGCAGCUCCAACGGUGCCACGGGACGUCAUCUCCAUGUCCAACUCCUCCUCCCACCUGAUUGUGAGGUGGAAGCCGCCCACCCAGCCCAACGGCAACAUCACGUACUACCUCGUCCUGUGGCAGCAGCUGGCAGAGGACUCUGAGCUGUUUGUCAACGACUACUGCCACAAAGGCCUCCGGCUGCCCACCAGCAGCGCAGACACACGGUUUGACACGGAUGACGGUGAGGGCUGGGAGGAUCCAGAGGACCAGCAGUGCUGCCCGUGUCAAAGCCCCAUUGGGCAGACCCACCUGAGAGACGAAGCAGUUUCUUUCCAGAAGAAGUUUGAAAACUUCCUGCACAAUUCCAUCAUCAUCCCCAGACCCCCUUGGAAAGUCACGUCCAUCAACAAGAUCUCUUACAGGAUCCCAAAGAAGCGCAGAGACACCUUUGCCGUGACCCCCAUUGCUGGUCAUGCUGUUGCCAACCCGUCCUCUCCAGACACCCUGGGGAAUGCAGGGACCCUAAACCGCACAGGGACCAGCUCUAAGACACAGAGGGAUUUCCGCAUCUUUGAGGACAAAGUGGUUCGGGACCGGACAGCCAUCUCUAACCUCCGCCAUUUCACAGAGUACCGCAUCGACAUCCACGCCUGCAACCACGCUGCACAGACUGUGGGGUGCAGCGCUGCCACUUUUGUCUUUGCCAGGACCAUGCCAGAAUCUCAAGCAGACAACAUUCCUGGCAACAUGACCUGGGAGCCAGCCGGGAAGAACAGCGUCCUCCUCCGGUGGGAGGAGCCGAAGAAUCCCAACGGGCUCAUCCUGAAGUAUGAGAUCAAGUAUAGCCGGGAGAGCGAGGAAGUCACCUCAGUCGUGUGCGUCUCUCGCCACCGCUAUGCCCAGUACGGGGGAUACCACCUUGCUCUCCUCCAACCAGGAAAUUACUCUGCCAAGGUCCGAGCUACUUCACUCGCAGGAAAUGGUUCGUGGACUGGACUGAUCAAGUUUUACAUCCAUGGGCCGGUAGAGGAAGAGGAGCCCGGGAACUUCUAUGUGCUCUUGACGCUGAUGCCCGUCGUCUUGAUGGUGGGGAUCACUUGCCUGGCCGUCUUUGUUUUCUUAUACAACAAGAAAAGGGGCACAGAGGGAUACCCCAGUGGCACACUGUAUGCCUCAGUCAACCCGGAAUACUUCAGCACCUCAAACAUGUAUGUCCCAGAUGAGUGGGAGGUGCCGCGGGAGAAGAUCACGGUGCUGCGAGAGCUGGGCCAGGGUUCCUUCGGGAUGGUCUACGAGGGGAUCGCAAAGGACACGGAGGAGGAGGGGGAGGAGACCAGGGUGGCGCUGAAGACGGUCAACGAGCUGGCCACCAUGAGGGAGCGGAUUGAGUUCCUGAACGAGGCCUCGGUCAUGAAAGCGUUCAGGUGCCACCACGUGGUCCGCCUCCUUGGCGUGGUGUCCCAGGGCCAGCCUGUCUUGGUCAUUAUGGAGCUGAUGACGAGGGGGGACUUGAAGAGCUACCUCCGUUCUCUCAGGCCAGAAGCUGAGAAUAAUCCUGGCCUGCCUCCCCCAUCACUGAGGGACAUGAUCCAGAUGGCUGGUGAGAUUGCCGACGGCAUGGCCUACCUGAAUGCCAAGAAGUUUGUCCACCGGGAUCUUGCUGCCCGCAACUGCAUGGUCUCAGAGAAUUUCACAGUGAAGAUUGGAGAUUUUGGCAUGACCAGGGACAUCUAUGAGACAGACUAUUACCGCAAAGGGGGUAAAGGUUUGCUGCCUGUCCGCUGGAUGUCCCCAGAAGCGCUGAAAGACGGCAUCUUCAACACACACUCAGAUAUCUGGUCCUUUGGGGUGGUCCUGUGGGAGAUCGCAACGCUGGCUGAGCAGCCCUACCAGGGCAUGUCCAACGAGCAGGUGCUGCACUUCGUGAUGGACAAUGGGGUACUGGAGAGGCCAGAGAACUGCCCUCAGAAGCUCCACGAACUGAUGACUUGGUGCUGGCUGCAGAAUCCUCGCCUCCGCCCGACCUUCACCCAGAUCCUGGAGAGCAUCAAGGAGGACAUGAGCGCCACCUUCCGUGCUCACUCCUUUUUCUACAGCCUGGAGAACAAAUGCUGCAGCCCCUGGGAGGCUUGGGACACUGAGACGGACAAGCUGCUGGGCGAGGAGGAGGAGGAAGCGCCUGUGCUGGACCUGCAAGACUCCACCCCCAAUGGCAGUCCCCUCCUCGUUCUCGGCCUCUGUAAGGAUUCCCAGAGCCAGCCUACAAACUGCUGCCACCACCCAAAUGGGAAGGUGGGCCUCUGAAGGUGGGCACCACAGCCUGGCCUGCCUCACAGCACAAGGCAAGUGCCACCCACUUGUCUUCUUGCCCUCUUUGGCACCUGCCCCUAAACAGGAUGCUGCUGCCAUGUGAACUGUCUCUGUCUUGAAGGGGGCUGGCUGUCAUGGCUGAUUUGGAGUGGAAGGGGAAGAGAAGAGGGGCCCAGUGACACUUUCCUCAUAGAGGUGAAAUAGAACUUUUUAGGAGCAGCCGAGUUUGUGAACGCUCUCGCCUUCUUCCUGCAGGCCUUCCCCCUCUCACUGUAAGGAGUCCUGUUGACUGCCUUUGAAAUGCCUCCCUCUUGAGCCACCUUGUCAGAGGGGUGUGUGGUGGGAGGCACCUCCCCUAAACCCUGCUUGUUGGGUCCCCGUACCUGUGGGAUGUGACUUCAUCGGGAAUGUUUGCAAUCAUUCCGUUUACGGCACAUGGCCCUUGGCACAACUGCAUGUACAGUGGCCUAGAAUAGUUGCACGCACGCCCCUCUGCAGUCGACAGGUGUGGCUGACUUUCCUAUGGAUUCCAUGGACUUUACUGGCCCAAAUAACUUCCUUGGCAUUGGGGCUACAAAGGGCAGCCAACUUCUGGAAAGGAAGCAGGAAGUCAUGGUCAAAUCAACUGGCUGGAAACUCCCUGGUGUGGGGGGAAAGCCUGAGGACAGGAGGUCUCUCCCUGCUGCAGCCCUUCACAGUGUUUUCUUCUGGGGUGGGGCGGGUGUUGCUGCAUGAGCUGCUCCUCUUCCCUCUGUUAUUACAAAGGUGCUUUGUUACCACUGGACCUGCAUGGCCUUUCCCACAAAGUGAAGUACAAGCCUGAGAAUGCUUAAU